UGUAGCAUGAAAUUCAAAAUUCUUCCUUUUCUACAGUGGUCUUGUUGGACUUUACAAGAAUAGAAUGAAGGUUGCUAUAGAAGGUUGUUGCCAUGGCGAACUUGACGAUAUAUACGGAUCGAUCCGCUUGAUCGAGCAAAGAGACAAUAUCAAAAUAGAUCUCGUUUUAAUUUGUGGUGAUUUUCAAUCUGUCAGAAACGAAGCCGAUGCCAUUUGUAUGUCAGUUCCAGCUAAAUAUCGCCAGCUUGGGACCUUCUGGAAAUAUUACUCUGGUAGAGAAAAAGCGCCUUAUCCCACAGUCUUUAUUGGGGGAAACCAUGAAGCUAGCAACUAUCUCUGGGAACUGUACCACGGAGGAUGGGUGUGUGAUAAUAUCUAUUAUAUGGGUUAUGCUAACGUUAUCAGAUUUGGUGGUUUAAGGAUCGGUGGACUUUCAGGAAUUUACAAAUCUUACCAUUAUGAUAAAGGGCACUAUGAGACUUCACCGUAUUCGGAAGAUCAUAAAAAGUCAGCAUAUCAUUACCGUAAAUAUGAUGUUGAAAAACUCCUUCACGUACAAGAGCCAUUGGAUAUAUUCAUGUCGCAUGAUUGGCCCCGGGGAAUUGAAAGAUACGGUAACCUGAAGAAGCUGAUGAGAGAGAAGAAGUUCUUUAUCAAUGAGAUUAUGAGUAACUCUUUAGGAAGUGAGCCGAAUUUUCAAUUGUUGGCAAAGCUGAAACCUAGCUAUUGGUUCUCGGCACAUCUACAUGUGCAUUAUGCUGCACUUGUCGAUCAUUCUAUGUUGGAAAAGGGUGAAUAUCCAGAGGGCAUUCAGGCUCUUUUAAAGGGAAAGUAUCCGCCAUCUGCAUCUGCAUCAACUCCUCGGGUAAAGAAUGAAGAUGAAAUUGUCAUUGACGUGAGAUUGGAUAUAGAUAGUGAAGCUAAGCCUGAAGAGACAUCAAAUGAGUCAACAGCAGACGACGAUAAUAGCAACGGCAGCACUAAUAGAAAUGUAAACACCUCCAGCGCAUCAACGUAUGAAGGUGGUAUUCAAAUAGAACAAAACAAGGAUGCAGACGCAGUAAACGACGGCCAGUCCAUGGCAUCAGUAUCACUAAACACGUCUAUAUCACCAAAGUAUACUAAAUUUCUCAGUCUGGAUAAAUGCCUUCCCGGUAGAAAGUUUUUGCAAAUUCUCGACAUUCCUUCUCCAAACGACGACAAUCAAGAUUAUGAUUUCUAUUAUGAUAUGGAAUGGCUAGCUAUUACUCGUGCCUUACAUCCUUUUUUGUCUACUACAUAUCAACAAGCGCACAUACCUUUCACGGACGAUGAACUGCAAAAUAGAAUUGCAGAAGAACGCAGAUUUUUAGAGACGAAACAGCAGUCUGGCAUUUUGGAUUUGAAAAUUCCUCACAACUUUGAGCCAACAGCGCCUGCUUACAAUCCUGAAAUGCUACCAACGAACCCACAAUUAAUAAAAGAAUGUCAACACCCUUUUUUGAAUCCUCAAACAGCGAAAUUCUGUGAAGAAAUUGGCAUUGAAAACAAGAUAAAUUCCGGAUGCAGACAAACCCUUCAACUAAGCGAACAUGAAAAUAGUGCGCCCAUAACAGAUAUGCGAUCCACUUAUCCUGAGACCUCAACUGUAGAACAAAGUAGUAAUCACAAUAGUAGAUGUAUAGACACUACAGAGUCGUUUGAAGUACCAUCAACGAAGCGUACAAAGAUUGAGGAACGUGAUGUCGUUGCUGCUGCUCGUAAUCCUUCUGAAAUAAUGAUGGAUGAUGAAGAAUUUAUGUAAUAAACAAGAAAUGAGAUCAGUUUAUCAUGUUAUGUUGAAGAUGGCAAUAUAAAAUAUGUAAAGGAGAAAGAAUAGUUCGUUUUAAGGUAAUCUAUAGAUCGCAAUUAAGUAGGC